GUGAACUUCAAAUAAAUACUUAUCUAAUAUUUAAAAAGUACACAAUUAAAUUAAUUGACUGUCGCUAUCUGUCUUAAUUCUACUACUUAAUAAUAAGUUUUUAAAUCCCAGUUGAGUUGCUGUUGAGUGAUCUUUGUAAAAUGUAUAGCUUCAAAGUUUUUCCUCAGGCUUUAAUUGCCAUAAUUGCUAGUUUCGGAAGCUUCAUUUUUGGAAUCGCAUUAGGAUGGAGUGCUCCAGCAGGUCCAAUGCUAAUGGAUAAACAAAAUAAUAUUUCUAUAGGGAAAAAUGACAUUGCAUUUGCAGCCUCUAUGAUUUCAAUGGGAGGUUUCCUUGCGAGCUUUACAUCUGGAUUAAUUCGAAAUCGUUUUGGAACAAUAAAAUCAAUUGUAAUAUUUUCUUUUCCAAGUAUAAUAGGAUGGCUCCUUUUAGUAUUUUCCCAAAAUUCUUGGAUGGUGAUUUUGGGCAGAUUUUUUAUUGGAUUUGCAACAGGUGGAUACAGUUUUAAUUGUCUUACAUAUAUUGGUGAAAUUUCAUCCAAGCAGAUUCGCGGCAUAUUGUUGACUUUUUAUGAAAUCAAUGUUAAAGUUGGAGUUUUAUUCGUUUAUAUCCUUGGAACUGUUACAAGUCUCUUAGUAAUGAAUAUCAUAAUUUCAGUCAUAGUAGUUCUUUAUGCAUUUGCUUUUGUUGGUCUUCCUGAAACUCCAAUGUAUCUUAUGACAAAAGGGAAUACUGAAGAAGCAAUAAAAUCGCUUAAAAUCUUACGAGGAAGUAAUUAUAAUUACGAUAAUGAACUGUCAGAGAUUCAAGAAGAAAUAAAUGAGAUUGAAGCAGCAAAGUUAUCAUUCGUACAGGAAAUCAAAAAGAAAGCAACACGCAAGGCUUUCAUUAUGGUUGUAAUAUUAUUUCUUUUUUUCCAAAUGUCGGGUAUUAAUGCCGUACUAUUUUAUAUGACAACAAUUCUCAUCGAGUCAGGUAUUACUUUUGAUCCUUUUAUUGCUACCAGUCUUCUUGGUUUGAUUCAGCUAUUAGCUAUCAUAUCAUCGACUUUUUUUGUUGAUCACUAUGGAAGAAAAAUUCUAAUGAUUUUGUCAAAUAUCACAAUGAUUUUUGGUUUAGUUGGUAUGGGAGUGUAUUUUUAUAUUAAGAAUACUUCUGGUGUAAAUGGAUUUGAAUUUCUUACUCUUGUUUUCCUUUGUAUAUUUUUGAUUGGUUUCUCUUUUGGUGUUGGAAGUGUAACAUUCGUUUUAGUUGGAGAACUUUUUUCAUUAAACGCGAAAAAAGUCAUUUCACCUUUGGCACAAGGGGUUAGUUUCUUAAUGUCUUUCUUUGUUGCUACAUUUUUUCCAUCCAUUGCAGAUGCCAUUGGCAUUCAGUAUACUUUCUUCAUUUUUGCUACCUUUUGUCUCAUGUCAACUGUUUAUCUUAUAAUAUUUUUACCCGAGACAAAAGGAAAGUCACUUUAUGAAAUUCAAAAACUUUUGACAAACGAAAAGUAACUUACUUUAACAUAUUUUGCGAAACAUAAUCUUUCAAUAUUUGCAUUUACGAAACAUUUCACACUAAAAGAAGAAUAAAAUAUGAAUAACUUUAGAGACAUUGAGUACACAGUAAUUAUUCUAAUAAAAUUUUUAUUACCCGCAUGACCUAGGU